UGUGGUAAUUAGAAUAUUUUUUCUCACUAGGUGGAGAAGCUGAUCACUAUCAUGACUAACCCCCGACAAUAUAAAAUUCCCGACUGGUUCCUAAACAGACAAAAAGAUGUAAAGGAUGGAAAAUACAGCCAGGUAGUAUCUAAUGCUCUUGAUAACAAGCUUCGAGAGGACUUGGAAAGAUUGAAAAAGAUUCGGGCUCACCGUGGACUUAGACAUUUCUGGGGUCUCCGGGUCAGAGGACAGCACACUAAAACCACUGGUCGCAGAGGAAGGACUGUUGGUGUGUCUAAGAAGAAGAAUUAAUCAAUUGAUGUUGUAUAUCUGAGGAAUUAAAGGCCUUGAAGUAUACA